UGUGGUGCCAUAUUUUGAGCGUAGUCCUGGUGACGUAGUUAUCCGGAAGUCGGUUGGUAGAAUUCUCCAGAAAUCUGCUCCAUUUCUGUGCAGCUCGUCUCUGAAAUUUGAAAAAGAUCCUCAGCAAUGGUGAAGAUUUUUGUGGGGAACCUUCCCCGGGAAGCCACCGAGGAUGAAAUCAAGGAGCUGUUUGCCGAGUACGGCAAGGUCACCGAGUGCGCCAUCAUUAAAAACUUCGCCUUCGUCCACAUGGAGGACCGCAAGGCGGCCACCAAAGCCAUCAAGACCCUUCACCUGCACAAAAUGCACGGCACGCCGAUCAACGUCGAGGCCAGUCACGGGAAGAACCAGGGCCCGGUCAAGCUGCACGUCGCCAACGUGGAGAAGGGCUCCGAUGACGAGCUCCGCGCUCUGUUUGAAGAGUACGGCACGGUCACGGAGUGCGCGAUAGUCAAGAACUUUGCCUUUGUGCACAUGCCCAAUUAUGACGAGGCCAUGGAUGCGAUGAACGGACUCGAUAACUCAGAGUUUCAAGACAAACGCAUCCAUGUUCAAGUUUCUAAGAGUCGACCUAGAUAUGAAGAAGGCGAAGAGUACCCACCUCCUCCCCCAGACAGGGGGGGCUACUGGCCUCCCCACUACCCAGGAGAGCGACCCGAGCCUCCCCCACCCGGCUACAUGAGGCCUCGCCCCAUGCCCCCGGGUUACCCGGCUCCUCCGCUGCCGCCUCCUCCCCCCAGGCGGGCUGUUUAUCCAGAGCGGCCCUAUGAGGGUGAAAGGGAGAGAUACAAUAUGGUAGAUUACUAUGAGAAGUACAGAGCCCGUCCGUACGGCAUCCCCCCCUACGAACAGCACCGUGCUAUUCCCCCACCUCCUCCGCCCCCGCCCUCAGCUGUCGUUCGAGACCGCCUUAUGACCUCCCCGCUUGAUCCAUACGAGCGUCGGCCCCUCCCGCCUCCCCCUCCGCCUCCCCCCUCAUCGUACUACGCCCGAGAUCGCAGCCCUAUCAGGAGGGCACCUAACACGCCGCUACCCCCUCCGCCCAGUAACGGCUAUGCCUACGAGCGCUCUCCGUAUGCAGUUCCACGUGCGAGGGACCCCUACGCAGACCGGCUGCCUCCGCCACCGCCUGCACGCUACGCUUACUAAGCCAGACGUCAGCAUUUCGAAGGACCGUUGUCCGCCUGCGUCGCUGCUUCCUGAUUCACGUGACGUUUUCCUCUUCCUGUCUGCGGCUGAGCGCGUUGCGCGUUCGUCUGCGGGAUUCAGAAGGAAUUUCUUUACGUCAAUGGCUGUUUGUUUGGUUGUAGUGUUCAGGACCAUUUUUUUUCUUCCUUCUGUUUUAGUGUUGAAUUGUACUGUAGAGAUUUUACUAGCAAAACGUCUGAAUGAGGCGUCUUUUAUUUAAACAGUUCCGUUUUUUUUUUUUUAAAAGCGUAAUAUUGUGUGUUUGACCUUUUUUUAGAAAGCAAAAUAACCUCAGCAUUCCUUCAAAGGCGAUUUGGUUUCCACUCCAAUCUCAUGAAGGUUGGAUAAAUCGUGUGAAUGUUUUUCAUCAAAAUCUAAACCUCUGUGGCGUUGCUGUGAAACGUAGUUGAAUCAAGUGUAUGAGCUGGUAGCACUGGUCAUUUUAACUGCGCAAUGAAUACUGUGCGUUUGAAAAGUCUGUUUUUAUUGUAGAUAAACCAUAUUUCUCAUUAGCUAAUGUGAUCACGAUGCUCACUGCGCAACACCCCCCCCCCCCCCCUCUCUGUAACCGUCUGUAAUUAUUUACUGUUUUAAAAUCUUCUGUUCCUUUAAUGGAGGUUGAAACACAACCUUGUAAGAGCGUUUCGUUGAUUAAAGAACGUCCUUUGUCGGAUCUUGUGACACCAUAGUUUUUAUCUCUCAUCACCGUGCCACCUGACCCUUCCCACUCAGUAAAGCGGCUUAAAUAAAGUCAACUUAGAAACGUUGCAUUUCCACUGUGCUCAAAGGUUUCUAAGCCAAAGCCUUUCUCUUGACCUGGGGCGAAGAACACCCCAAGUCGGCUGGAGAUCUUCAGUCAGCAGGUAAGUCAAGGGAAUACCAGUAAGAAAACACCUGUUUGUAUUUUUACUGCUUUUGUAGGUAGGCUAUCCGUUUCAAGGAAUGGAACAUUUCUCUUAAUUAUGAAGCUAUACAGUUUUAGAUGCUUUCUACCCUCUAUGUAAGACUUAACAGAUGGGUGACAAAAGAAACGGGGGUAUAGAUGAAGUCUUGUUCCACACCACAACAGGGCGCUCCAUGCUGUUUGUCAGUAUAGGGCAUCAGGCAUUGACUGGUUUUUGUACCUUAUGAAAAUCGCCACCAACGUCUUUACCUGCGGCCUCACGUUUAAAGACAUGGCGACCGCACGAAUGGUUUCAGGUUUACUAAACCGUGAAUGAGCACGUCUCUCCCCGUCAUACGUUGCAGUCAUGUCUCUUGACCUGCCCUGACUUUCAAAUGCAAAUAUGUCCAUCUCGUUUUCUCUAUAUGGAAAAAUACAUCCACCUGUACAGAGGAAAUCCCAAAAUACGUGUUUGAGGCGCUCCUAGGGGAGUUGAAGGCAAAUAAAACAACUAGUUGCACCGUUUCAUCUAAAAUCUGAUUCUCACUGAAGGAAACAUUGUGGUAGAAUCCAAAUACUUGCAUGUAUAGCACUGACCUAGUCCUCAGCUCCAGUUAGAUCUUGAAAAGUCAGAAAUGUGAUAAUCAAGCUGACUAUGGAUAAGGCCAUCCCACACAGCUGGCCUGGCUCCACUUGGGCUCAUUCAGGCCUGGUAGGUGUGUCAGCUCCCUCUGAAGUGCCCCUGCAGCAGGCAGCGGUGUGGUCAGCAGCUGUAGGCAACAUGUAACCGCAUCCAGCUCCUCAGCCGUCAGCUUGGAGGAUGGUUCCAACAGGAUUGUCCUCAGAAGAAAAGCCCCAUGGUCUCUAAAUGCACCAUUUGCAACGUGUUUAAAUGCGGUCCAUGAUGAUCUAUAGCUGCGUGACUUAGUAGACAGCUCAGGUCACCACUGAUGGGAAAUUGUUUUACAGAGCAUGGUUUACAACGCUGUUGUUCUCCAUGCUAAACUAUUUUAGUUUAGUUAUUGGAGCCGAUCUUUUACAAACACCCAAUAGAUCUGAUUGUUUUUGUCAUUCAUCUGUAAAGUUGUAAAAUCUUUUCAGUAAAUAAAAUAUGACCGUCAGUGUUCAGGGUAGGAUAGAGGAAAAAUAAUGUGAAAAUCUGAUUCUGUUAGGGUAGGUGUGUCAAACUCCAGGUCUCCAGGGCCAGAGUCCUGCAACUUUUGGUGUCCCCGGUCCAUCACACCUGAGUUAAAUGAGCUCCUCGGCAUGCAGUCCGGGUCUCCACAGUCCUGCUGAUUAUUUACUGUGUUGGACCAGGAAACACAAAAGUCAUAGGACACCCAGCCCUGUUUUAGGGCCUUUAUAUUUGUCGGUGCUUCGUCUUUUCUUCCAUUUGGCCAGACUUGAAUAAGGUCUGCAGCGCCAGUCCUUGAAUGCCGUUGUCAUUCAACUGUCAGACGGUUCACUGCUCCAGCACACCUGAAUCAAGCCAGUAAUUAAGUCUUUUUUUUUUUAAUACAUAAUGUAUUGACUAUUGUCACCCAGCAUAACAAAAUGUGUCUGAACAGGUUUACCAGCUACAGCUUUAAGGAGCAGGCUUUUGCAAAGGUUGCCGACGUGCCAGCAGGUAAUUCAGGCGUGGUGGAGCAGGGACGGGUUCAAAGGUUGCAGGACAGGGGCUCUCCAGGUCUGAGGUUGCAGACCCGUCAUUUGGAAAGAUUGCCCAUUUUGUUAGCCUGUUGAUGAAUUUCCAGAAGUGGUAUUUAGUUUAAUAUUUAUGAAGUUUCCAGAAAUGUGCAAUGAUUUGUUUUUUUUGUUAUUCUUGUCAAGGAUAUUAAAGUGUUCUUAUCCAUA